AUGGUGCUGGCGCUUCAUGUAUGGGGCCCAGCGUUUGGCCUCCCCUCGAUAGAGCCCGAAUGUAUAGCUACUAUAGCCUACUGCCAGCGCGUUAUUCCGAGGGGACAAUGGACACUAGUCGCUGAGCAUGAUGCUACGGUUGGAGUAACAGAGAGCCUGCCGAUCCUAUUCGACGACGAUGUUGCGACUGCAUCUGGUUUCGAGGAUAUUGUUGCAUAUCUCCGCAACUAUCCUGUCAUCGCAAAUGAUCUUGAUGCUAGUCUCUCCAGUCGUCAGCGAACCGAUAGGACUGCUUUCAUUACCUUCCUCCAGUCCACAGCGACCCCUCUGAUCGACUUGUCACUCUACGUUUCUGCCGAGAACUACAACACUACUACCUCGUCGGCAUAUACUGCGAUACUACCAUGGUACGCCAACUACACAGUCCCUCCGAAGCGACGAGAGUUGGCGAGAACAAGGACGGCACACAUGGGUUUGAGCAGUUUGGAUGUGGACACGACAGCGGAGGACGGGUUUGCGCCAGGUCGAGGGACUGCAUCGUCGGAAUACGAGGCUGCCAAACGAGCCGCUGGUAUACCGACCGAGAGCAAGGCCACCACUUCAUUGAAUAUUGGACGCAGCAAAGGCCUGACCGGCCUCUUGGGUGGCCAAAUGUACGCCGCCCGUUUCAAGCUGGAUGCUCUUUCAGCGGACCUUUUGGACCCAUUGUCCGACUUAUUGGGGAGGCAUGACUAUCUCCUUCACGGAGAAGAAGCUUCCAGCUUGGAUUGCCUUGCCUUUGGGUAUCUGUCUCUACUAAUAUAUCCACCAGUGCCUCAAGCGUGGCUAAGGGAGACGAUCAAGAUGAAAUACCCACGCAUUGGAGCAUACGUAAACAAGCUUCAUGGAGAUCUGUUUCGCUACGACGAGGUCAAGCCUGCUGAGGUGUGGACCAUUUCUAGCAGCAGUGCAAAGACGCCUAGAACUACACUGUUGCCGUGGGUCGCAAAAUCGGAGACGUUUGCCUCGAAAGCAUUGGCCAGUGCAAAGGAGAUUGCCGGAAGCAUUCCUGGCGUAUCCAAGUUUUGGCGAGGAUCGACAGCUGUGGCAGUGUCGAAGCGCAGCAAGUCCGAGCUCCCGUCUCCCUUGUUGGUCAACAGCCUCGUAGGCAUUACAAGCGCGUUCACAGUGGGAUUGGCGGCUCUGGCUAUUCACCACCGUCGGUCGCCACGUGAGGGCGAGCUCAUUUUUUGGGCAUUGCGCCCAAGCGGUGGAUUAGGCGAGGCUGGGAGUAUCCUCGGGGUCUUCGCGGACCAGCUCCGUGAUGGAGCGCUCUAUUCCCAGUUUUAG